UUAAUGAUUGUGGGGUGAAGCGGUUCAUUUAUUUUUGGUAAUUCUUACGGAAAGGGAGAAGAUAUAUGUGUAAAAAGAAAAUUCAUAAAAUUGUCCAUUUCUGAAUACGCGUUUGUUCGUGUGAACACGGCUUUAGAUCGACUCGCCCGGAAUUUGGGAUUGCGGGUGUACCAACUGCUCAAGGAGGCCGUUGUUUUGAUUCUUUUUCAAUCGUGUCUCCGUAUCUUCAUUCGUAAUUUUGGUUUAUUUCUACGGUGUUAGCUCGUUUUAGAUACUUUGAAUCGAGUCUUAGAUAAAAUCCAACGGUACAGUGAAGUUCAUAUACCGUUACUUACAGUCAAACUGACUUCAUUUGCGUUUGAAAUACAUUUCCAUCCAGCCCAUUCAACUGGUCACGGCUGAUAGCACGCUGCGCGCAACAGGGUAUUUCGUCUAUGUAACGUAUAUCGCUGCUUUUUUUUAACGCCAUCAUACCUAAAGUUAUUACACUUACUCUCAUCCAACUUCCACUCCAAGUUCCCAGUAAAGCCAAGAUAUCAAGACUUCCAUUCCUCGUCAAUCAAUCGUUCGGAACAUCAUCCGUCAGUCCAAGGAGCAUGUGUUUCAGUAUCAACUUCAAAUUCGUCUGAUCACCAUAUCAUUUUGAUAAAGAAGAUUCUUUGCCUCCUACAUGGCGUAUUGGAAGGUUAAUAUCUCUUCGCAGGCAGAUACUAUCUUGUCUAAGGAGAAUUUGACGCUUGCAGAGGUGUUAGAUAUCGAAAAUGUUAUCCAGGAUGCAAAAAACGGCAACAAAAAGUUGUUGGAUUUUUUAUACCAGCCGAUCAUCCUAGAGGAACUCAUAGAUUUAAUCACAACUGAGCCCAGCGAUGAAUUGCCAGAUAAUGAGAAGUACCGGCAUCCAUUCAUUGCGUGCGAACUCCUUACCACAGACGCCAUCGUCAUCAGCCGUCACAUAGCAGAGAAUGAACAUCUGCUCGACAAUCUCCUGGCGUUUGUCGACCAGAAACCGCCCCUCAACCCCCUCCUUGCGUCUUUCUUCAGCCGCACCAUCGUUUCAUUUUUCACACGUUCUGUCCAUCAGGACUAUUAUAUGUACCAGUAUGUUUGUCUCCGAGUUCUGGAAUGCAUGAAAGGAAAGGAGGGCUUUGUGAAACAACUGGUCGCGCACAUUGGAACAUCAGCUAUUAUGGAGCUCAUCUUGAAGAUGGUGAAAGAAGCUGAUAAUUCCGAUAUGCAGCUUAGUAUCUCCUCUUGGCUGUAUAGUGAAGGUCUCAUUACGCAAUUAAUAGAAACCCUUCAUCCUGAUCAGGAUCCAGUAUGUCAGUACAACGCUGCACAACUACUUUGUGAUAUGAUACAUGACUUCAUUGUCGAUGUUAACAAGCCCAAUGUGAUUGUCGAUAUUUUGGAAUCAACCAAUGCUGUGAAACUACUUUUAGAAAUAGUUCUAAGCCACGAACUCAAAGAAACUAGUAUUGUUGCUGGAAUUAGUGUUCUUCUCAUGCUCUUACCUUCCAUGUCAAGUUUAACAAACUCUGACACAAUGGACUACAAAGUAUCAGACUCGGAUCCGUUAUCUGUGAUGAAAUAUGGUGAUGAUGCGAGCGAAAAAGCCGUGGAAACCCAAGAACAGAAUAAGGAAAACGAAAAUGGGAAUGGUUCAGAUGCCUCUCAGCCCUGGUACCAGAUAGAGUCAAUAGUUAUCCGUGAGAUCAUCCCAUAUUUAGGAACUCUGCACAGGUUGCUCCAAGAACCGCUUUCGAAACCAGGCUUCGUCUCGAAGACUCUGAAUGGCCCUCCUUUAGGGAACACAAGACUUAGAAUUACUAGCUUAUUAGCAACGUUAAUUGUUUUAAAUCAUCAGGAAUUUAUCAAUGAAUUAAUAGCACACAACAUUUUCCAAACGCUUUUGGAUUUAUUCUGUAGUUAUCCUUGGAACAAUUUUUAUCAUACUCAGUUUGAGAAUUGUCUCAUGUAUGCUUUAAAACCGGUGAACUCAAGGAAAAGUGAAGACAAUUCACUCAUUAAAUACCUUUUCAUCGACUGUGAAGUUAUACAAUUUGUUUUAAAAUUAUGGGAUAAUAAUAAAGCUAGCAUGUCGAGUGAAAAUGGUAGAAGACAAGGGUACAUGGGACAUUUAAUUGAAAUAGCGACUGUGAUAAACUCUACUUUAAAAGAGAACCCAUUCUUAGAAUCUUUGCUCAAUGAAAUCGACCCCGAUUUACUUAUCCAAUGGAAUCACCUCGUCCAAGACGAGUUGAAUCCUACCCUAGAACUUCAAAAACAGUGCCUGAGUGGUGUACACCCUCGCGAUGCCCAACCUGAUGAGGAGGUAACUACGUCAGUUUCCGGAAAGAAAUUUUCAGGUUUCCGAACUGAGUCAUAUUGGGAGAGUAAUGUCAAUUUAGAAGACAAUUUGAGCAACGAUACCGAUGAAGGAAUGUUCGAGGAGAUGUGUGCACAAAAGUUAGAUACAAGUUGGAACGAUGAUGUGAUAUCUUACGAUGAUAAUGAUGAUGAUGGGGAAGCGGAUGCAGACAACAGCGAUGAUGAAGACAUGGAGGAAGGCGGUGUUGAAGAAAACUUUGGCCUCAGCGGGGACAAAAAGCGUAAGAGGAAGGAGAAAGACAAAAAAGGCUACCUCAGUUUUCAGGAGGACAAAGGGUCUGAGUCAAAGAUCUUUGUCAACCAGAAUGCACCCUUCCUAGGAGGUACAGAUACAGAAAAAAUGAACUUUGAUCUCUCGUUUGUAUCAGCGUAUCCGUGGAAGCAGGAUUUCGAUGAUAAUGCUAACAGUGGUUGGGCAGAUUUUGAAUCUAACUUCGGGUCGCCAGGUGCAGACGGCAAUACCAACACAGAAACUAUGAAUGGACCAAAAAAUGAUCCUUUUGCUGUGAGUCAAACGCUUUCAAACCUCAGCUCCGAGCAGCCGGACAGUUUUUUCAACGAUAAUGACUUUGGAAACUUCGAGAGCGCCUCGUUUGAUAUGGAUAAAGAUCCCUUCUCCUUCUCUGUUAAAGUUAGCGAGAAAAAAACAUUCAAUACCUCAUCUACUCCAGACCGACCAUUCGGAAUGUUCAGUAAAACAUCUGAAGUGUCCGAGUCGGAUGUAGACAAGAUUUUCGACUUCAUGACGUCAGCUCGCAGCUCGGUCCCUGACGAUCCAUCAGAAUGUUCCAGUGUCUACCCCUUUAAAGAGCCUAAAUCUACAGCUGACAAGGUCAAUGAUCCAUCGGAGGAUGAAGCAUUUCAAGUAUCAGAAUCCAAUAUGAAACAAAUUUUGGAUUCGUCAGGUAUUGAUCUAGAUCAAAAUGAAAAUACUCCGGGACUCGAAGCGGAAUCUGCAGAAACUUCCGAGUCCAAUUUAGACAAAACUGUAGACACCUCAAAAGACAAAGACCAAAAUUUGAACAUGUCAAGUUCAAAAAACGCAGGUGAAGAUAGUGCAACAGUUGAAACAGUUUCAUCGGAGAAUCCAGAAGCAACUAGGUCUGAUGUUGAAGACGUUCCCAAAACACCUGAGGCGGACAAAACUUCUGAAUUGCCAAAUUCAUUUCUAGGCAAAGCUUUGAAAACGCCAGAGCUCAUGAUGAAAAAGUUUUUCGGAACUCCCGAGUGCCUGACUCACAAAUUUUUCCGAACGCCUGAGCCUUCAAACAAAGCUCCCGGCACACUGGAUGCAUCCGAAGUCCCGGUAUCAAGUGUAGAAACUCCAGAAUCUAGUCCAGAUAAAAAAUGCGAAUCCUCCGAUUCCAACUGCGGCGAAGCAUCCAAGUCCUCUGAGUCGCACUCUAGGUUUUUGGAAGCGCUAGAUGCUAUGCGCACCUUGAGGCUUUCGAUGGGCAGUGAUGUAGUUACGUCCAAUGCAGAGUCUGAUCUCAACGCAACGUCCAGGGCAGAAGUUGCCGAGAGAAAUCUUGUGAUAAAUGAAAGGGGAGAAGGUGGCUGCGUUGAUAGGUUAGCUGACGCUGAGGAACACCCCGACCCAAAAGCUGUGGCCUUUAAACCUGUUAGUGAACAAAAUUUAGGAAUUGUAGGAAAUGAAAAGCCAGUGAUAAUGAAUAGUGAAGUUAAUCCUGAAUGCAAUCUGGAUCCAGGAGACAAAGUACCUCUCGCAACUGAAGAAAUGGCCUCAUCGCCAAAGCCUGUUUGAUACUUUUUGUAAGCUUUUAUACAGCUCAUCGAUUCAUAGUUGCCUUGCCGGAACUAUAGCUUCCUUUGUAACGGUCUCUCGUAAGUGCUGUGUUGUAAAAACAAUAUUCUUAGUUUUAUCCUUUUAAUUUUUUAUUGUUUCUGUUUCGAAACCUCCUUCUUUUCUACUGUCGCAGUCUCUGCGUUGAAGUGCCCAACGUUUGUUCCAUUUUUUACUGUUCUCGAUCACUUUUCUCAAUUCCAAAACUUUGUUUAUUAUUGACUUGUUGUGUUCUCUUGCUGGUUCUCUCGACCCAGCAACCAAAGAUUACGCCAAGCAGAAGUGCAGGUUUCAAGUUAAGGAACACUGAGAGAAGAUAGAAGUUGAAAUCAAGGAUUGCAGAAGAAAUAGUAAAGGUCACCUAAACUGUACAAGUGAAUCAAAAACUACACCUUCGUUUGCAAAAAUUAUCGUUUGUUCGGAGAGUUAGAGGUGGAGUUUUUGAUCAGAGCCUUUGUUUCUCUAGCUCCAUGUGCGGGUAGAGAAUUUAUUUUUAUUUUUCUUAGUUUUCUGUUGCAUUUGUUACUAUUAUUAUUUUUUUACAUGAGCCAACGGAGAGUUUAGGGUUUUUUACAUUUGGUAUUCUUUCAUAAGGAGCAAAGAAUAUCAACUCCAAAGUGAAGUAAGAAUAAUGUUAUCCGAACCAUAAGGCACCUAGGUCUUUGGGCCAAUCGAUUAAAAUCAUCGUAGAUUUGAUUGGCAAGUACAGAUUACUCCUUUUGAUAUUAUUUUAAAAAGAUAGAUUUUCCAGAUUAAAAGCUGUACAGUUUUUCAUUUAAAUUGAGAGAAUUUUGAUGAAAUCGAAUGUCUAACCCUGUAACUCUGCAUCGAAUGAAGUUGAAGAGAAACAGUUCUGUUUUAAUCCCGCUUUUGAAAUUUGAAAUUAAUUUUAGGAUCUUGCAAUUCUGAUUGGUUUUUAUUAUGUUUUUUCCCCUUGAAAUAUUGGGUUUUUUGUUUUUUUAAAAUGAAUCAUGAGUGAAGAAUAGUGUUUCAUCAUUGAGAGGAAAGCCUGGCAGUAGUUUUUAUAGUUUGAUAAGCUAAGAAGCUGAAAAAUGUGCAUCCAUUGUCAAAAGAUGUUGGCGGUGAAAAUCUUAGAAUUUUUUCUCGUUGCGUGGUUCUUGAUUGAUAACCUACUCCAAGAUUUUUUCCAACAAAAAUGUACAAUUCCUUAUUACAUCCUUAUUUAUUUAUUUAGAAAAAAAAAUCAAGUGAUGCCCCUUCAAUUCUCAUGCUACAUCGGGCAUAGAGAUAUUAUCAUUUAUUUUUUUUUUAUCAUAAAAUGACGAGGUUUGUAAUGAUAUACCUCAGGCUGUUUUUUAUUACCUGAAUAUUGAAAAGAAGCUGAAGUUUGUUUAUGAAAAAAGCUUGUUCAUUGUCAUAGUACUUAGCUGAAUAAACCUUAACUGGAACUUGCACACCUUCUUCAUGUAAAAAAAUUGAUCGUACUUGAACAAAAUUUAUGUUUUUCAGGAAUUACUUAGGUAGUCUUUAAAAUUAUUUGCUGUCUUACAGGGAGCUUCGUAAUCUUUGGCAAAUUUAAACUUAUGUGUGUUUCAAGUCUCAAUUUAGACGUACAUGUAGUAGGAAAACAAAUAGAAUCGCAGUAUUAUUUUUAUUUAUUUAUUUAUUGAAUUUGAAUCUUGGAUUUUUAUUCAUUUUAUGAUUUUUUAAAUGUAGUUCGGAGAAAUACCAAAGUCAAUUAUGCCUUCAAGUCCUGCGUUUCUUGGAGUUUUACCAGUUUUGGAAGUUCUUUCGUUACAUAAUUUUUUGUUUAAUGAAAUAAAUGGUCUUACACUGAGAAAAA